CAGGCAGGCAGGCAGCCGAGGAGAGCUCUGGCAGGGAGCAGUUUGAGGAGAACAGGCGCUUUGCUGCUGCUGCUGCUGGACGUUUUCAUGUGGAAGAGGAGGAAAGCAGGCUUCCCAGACUAAAUCGUUUGUUCGGAGCAGGAUGUGUACUCCGUGCUGCGUGUCGCAGUUGGCCUGCUGCUGCGGCUCAGCGGCCUGCUCAUGCUGCUGUAACUGCUGCCCCAAGAUUAAACAGUCAACCGGGACCAGACUCAUGUACGUCUUCUACUUCCUGCUGGUCACCGUGGUCUGUGCCAUCAUGAUGUCCCCGACUGUGGAGCAGACGAUGAAAGAUAACAUCCCCUUCUACACCGAUUUGUGCGAUAAGAUGAAUGCGGGGGAAAACUGCAAGACCCUGGUGGGAUACUCUGCCGUCUACAAGAUGUGCUUUGGCAUGGCCUGCUUCUUCCUUUUCUUCUCCAUCCUCACCUUUCGGAUAAACAACAGCACAGGCUGGAGGGCGGCCAUUCACAAUGGAUUCUGGCUGCUGAAGUUUAUCGCUCUGGUCGGUUGCUGCGCUGGAGCCUUCUUCCUCCCACAGGAGGAAACCUUUCUGGAAGUUUGGCGCUACGUUGGCGCUACGGGCGGAGCCAUUUUCCUGCUGAUCCAGCUCAUGCUGCUGGUGGAGUUUGCACACAGAUGGAACACAAACUGGAGUUCAGGCGUGGGGUAUAACCGCCUGUGGUACGCGGCGUUGGCCUUGGUGACCCUGGUCCUGUUCAGCAUCGCAGUGGGAGCUGUGGUCUUCAUGGGCAUUUACUACACUCAUCCUGAGGCCUGCUUGCUUAACAAGGUCUUCCUGGGCAUCAAUGGCGGCCUUUGCUUUGUUGUCACCCUCCUCGCCAUCUCCCCCUGCAUACAGAAAUUGCAACCCAAAUCGGGGCUCCUGCAGCCCGGGGUCAUCAGCGUGUACGUCAUGUACCUCACCUUCUCAGCUUUCUCCAGCAAACCAAAAGAAAUAAUCAACAUAGAUGGUGUGAACAAAACUCUCUGCGCGUUCCCCUUCGAGUCGGGGUCAGAAAACGACAAGAAGAUCGUCACCGCUUUGGGAGCCGUUAUCCUGCUUGCCUGCAUUGUUUACUCCUGUUUAACGUCGACCACUAAGCGCAGCUCUGCAGCGCUCCGGGUCUACAGGAACAGCGAGCCAGAGGCUGAGAGAGCUCGCUGCUGCUUCUGCUUCGGAGACGACACAGAGGAUUAUGACGAGGAGAAGACCACCUCGGGACAGACCGUGGUGUAUGACGAGGAGGAAGGAACCAUCUAUAGCUAUUCCUACUUCCACUUUGUCUUCUUCCUGGGCUCUCUUUACGUCAUGAUGACCGUCACCAACUGGUUUCAUUACGACGACCAUAAGAUCGAGAAGCUGCUGGACGGGAGCUGGUCGGUGUUCUGGAUCAAGAUGGUCUCCUGCUGGGUCUGCCUCUUCAUUUACAUGAUGACCCUCAUCGCUCCCAUGAUGUGUCCAAAGCGCUUCGAGGCGUAGGUCAGCCUGUGUUCCUCUGAUGGAGGUGGCUAAGGGACCACCAGAAUCCCCCCUCCUCUUACCUUAGAACGCAAUCCUCCGCUUCUCUCAGCAACCGAAGCGGAGGGUUAUCUCUCGCCUUUUUGUUUCAUAUGUUACAGAUGUUACAGUCUUCGAUUUACAAUGUUAAGCAGGUAAUACCUUGAUGGUCCUUCUUAAUUGUUUUAAUACCACUGACUAGUCUUUGUAUUCGUUACAGGCCGGAAGUUACAUAUAUAAUGUUUGGAGUUGAGUUACAGUGAAUAAAUUGAGCCUCUGUAGAUUCUCUUAAACAUCCGUUUGGAAGCGCAUGUACUUUUUUUUUUUUUUUUUUUUUUUUAUGAAUAACUUGUUUAUUUUAUUUGUAUUUUCCUUUCUACUCUCAGCCACUUGCUUCAGUUCUGUGAGUUUUCCCCCAGGUUACGUUUUGGGACAGAUGUAGUUGGAGAGAAGUUACAGUCGGUGUAUUUAUUUGAUCCUGAAUUGAAGGGGAACUGUGGUGUAAACUGAGCUGGUUUGGCCUCUAACAAUGUUUUUUUUUUUAAAAACUCAUUUCUCAGGCUUACAUUCAAGCUCUGUGUGUUGUCAAUUUGUUAUAUAUUGUGUCUUUUGUAGUUUUCUAUGCAACCGAACACGUUGUUGAUAUUAGACACCCACAGUUGUGAAGUUUCCACUUAGGUCACAAGGGUGCGGUUUUACUAUCGCCAGUGCUCCCUUUGAGCCCGAUCUUUCUUAAGGAGAAUCCAUCUCACCUGUAUGUUUUCAGUCAUCUUCAUGCAUGGCGGUAGCUUUUAAAUCAAACAAGUGCCACCUCUCUGGAAGAGCGCCACUGAAUCCACACUGUGUUUGCCAAAGGUAGCCGACAGAACUGCUCACAUCGUUUGGUCCGUUACAGAAAAGGGUAAAAGUGAACGUUAUGUAUUUGCCGACUCAUUCAGUUACUUUUUCUUCUUUAUAGCUAAAAGUGUUUUAUGCCUAUAUAAAAAAAAAAGAAAACCCAGAACAGCUGAUGUUUCAAGACUUUUUAUUCAACACUGGAUGUUGAGUUUACAUCUGAAUUAAACUGUAUUAUAGAUGUGAUGUCAAAGCUGGUCGCUUGUGCUAGACAGUUCCUACAAUCAUUCUUUUAUCUUUUUGUCUAAUCGCUCUCGUAACAUAUUUUGCAGAAGCAUAAUUGAAUUGUAAAUAUUGGCAAUGGAGCUGGAAUUUUUUUUAUUUUAUUUUAAAUUAUGCUUCAUAUACUUCGCAAACUUUCUUCUGAUAUUCAUUUAUUUCAGCAGCAUUUCUGCAUUUAACGAUUUAAUGUGAAUGUAGAAAUUUAAUGGUGCUUUCAAACAGGAAAAGUGAUAAAGACAUUAAAAGACGCUGUAAAGGAAAUAAGUUUAUGACCGACAGUAAUUUGACCAAAAUGUAUGUUUAAAAAAAAACAAGAUGUAGGUGACUUGAAGUUCACGUUCUUUCAAUAAAACAUGUAGAAACUG